GCCCAGACUAGAACAGUUCAAAAAAGAACGAGAUACGUUCAUGGAGGACGGGUCUAUCCAUGGCUAUUAGCCAGGCUGCUCAGGGAUGGAGCCCCACGCUCUGGGUGCCCCAAACCUCUGAGUGCCAGAAGCCGGGAGUGGCUGACAGAGGAGGGAUCCUCGCUAAUUGCCCUGGUCUGUUCAGUCCCUCUGAGGCAGCUGGCCCAGCCCCAGUCGGACCUGGCACCACGGCCCCAGGGCUGAGCCGGUGGGGGGCCGGGUUCCCAGCUCGCAGUGCUGAAGAGGCAGCGUGAGCCCAGGCGCGGGGCUGCCCCGCAGGAAUUUCCCCCUCCAGCCCCGGGUGCUUCUGCUGCAGCCCCGUGGGGGCCGCACCAGGGGCCUGAACCCAGCGGCUCCCAGCCCCGAUCCCCGCUGCGGGGUUUGUCACACCGAGACCGAGCCGCGCUCAGGGCGGAGACUGGACCCGCACAGGCCGGCUCCCGCCUCCCGGCCCCGUCUGCCGCCGCCCCGCCGCUCCCGGCCCGGCAGCCAGGCCGCGGCUCCCUCCCCCCUCCCGGCUGCGCUCGCUCUGCUCCGCCCGGCAGCGGGGCCGGCCCGUGGCGAGGCGGCGCCGGGACCCUGCCCAGCCCGGAGCGGGAGCGGAGCUCGGCCGGGCCGGGCCCGCUGGAGAAGCCCCGCCCGCCUCCCCGGGGGGGCCAUGGCCGAGCGGGCCGCUGCCCAGGUUGUGGAACCAGACUCGGAGCAACAGGGUGUGAUGCCUUUCCAACCCCUUGCCGUCCCGGAACAAAGUGUGAGAGAAACUCAGCUGGGCACAGCAGCGAUUUCCCUGGCUGUAAUGACGUCAAUCCAAGCCCUGGAGAGGAACGUGGAGGCUCACACCACACGGUGGCUGAACCUGGAGGGAAGAACGGGGACGACUGAGAAGAAACUAAUAGACUGUGAGAGGACAGUGGUGGAGUUUGGGAACCAGCUGGAGAGUAAGUGGGCCGUGCUGGAGACUCUGAUCCAGGAGAAUAAUCUGCUGCAGAGGAGGCUGGAGAACGUGGAGAACCUGCUGAAGAACAGGAACUUCUGGAUCCUGAGACUCCCACCAGGCACUAAAGGGCUGGUCCCCCAGGUGCCGGUGACGUUCGAUGAUGUCUCAGUGUAUUUCAACGAGCAGGAGUGGGGGAGCUUAGAGGAAUGGCAGAAGGAGCUUUACAAGAACGUGAUGAAGGGGAAUUAUGAGACUUUGAUCUCGCUGGAUUAUGCCAUUUCCAAGCCUGACAUCUUAGCUCGUAUUGAACAAGGGGAAGAGCCAUGUAUCCGGGAUCAGCAGGACUCAGAGAGAGUAGAAAUCCCCGUGGAGCCUUGCACAGGCCCGGAAUCCCCCAGGUUGAUAAGUGACGCUCUGUCAAAGAUCAAACAGGAGGAGGAGCCACAUGUGCAGGAUCAAGGUGCCUUGGAGGAAAGUAAAAUCCCAGCAGAACACCCACACUGCAGCCCAGAUGUUCCUCAUGGCUUCUUACCAGUCCUAACCAACUGCAGGCAGUUAAUCCCUCCCAUCACCCGUCCUUCCUCCGAGUGUUCGGAGGACUCAGUGAAGCAGAGCCGGUCUCCUCCUCUUCUCUCUGACGAAGCUGUUGAUGAAGGGAUUGUGAUCAAAACCGAGGUGCAGCAAGUGGAGGAUGUGCCAGGGAUGGCGCUGGAGAGAGCACAAGAGGAAGCUGUCGUGGAAUCCUGGGAGCGUGUCCAGGACCCUGGGGAGGAACUUUCUGAAAACCUGCAGGUGCCGGGGACGAUGUUGGGAGGAUUUGAAGAGGAGGAUUUCCAGGAUCCUGAGGAGGUAACAGCCCAGGAGGUUGCAUGCAGCUCAGUAACACAGCAGAGAAGCCACGCAGAGAGCAGGACAGUGACCUCCGCUCACCAGGAUGUGCCCCUGAUCCACCGCCAGAGAAAGAGCACUCGGGAGAGACUGUUUGUGUGCACAGAGUGUGGGAAGAGCUUCAGGCUGAAGAUAAAUCUCAUAAUCCAUCAGAAGGGCCAUGCAAACGACCUGGUGUACGAGUGCACACGCUGUGGGGAAAGUUUCAGAGCCAAGCAGAAAUUUCUGCUGCAUCUGCAACACCAGACAGCUGCGGGGGCCUGCACGCGCUCUGCUCCUCAGGAACGUUCAGGCCAAGCGGCUCCCCCUGAGUCCCAGCCCCGAAGCCAGACGGAAGACGGUUCCAGCGGUAUCACCAAAUGGCUCAAGAGGCUGGGUCACAAAUCGAGUCUGAGCAAAUUCCAGCCGCCUCCUGUGCAAAGGACGUACACGUGCAGGGAGUGCAUGGAGCACUUCUCUAAGAGGAGGUAUCUCGUCGUGCACAAAAGGAUGCACGCUGACCGCAGCAAAGGGUCGCUCAUACUGUGUCCAUACUGCAGCAAGAGCUUCACCCGUCCCUCUGACCUCAUCCGGCACCAGAGGAUCCACACCGGGGAGCGGCCCUACCAGUGUGCCCAGUGUCACAAAACCUUCAACCGGCACCACCACCUCGUGGACCACCAGAAAAUCCACAUGGAGAGAGAGAGGCCCUAUCAAUGCAGCGAGUGCGGGAAGACCUACAUCCGCAUGCAGCACCUCCUCAAGCACAAACACAGCCACAGGAAGAAGAAAUCGUAACAGGCGAGAGAGCCGGUCUGCAGAAACACUGAGGGGUCAGCGGGGCAAUCUGCAGGAGGGAGACGCUGAAUGGGCCAACAGCUUCCAGUGUGAAUAGCUGCCCCUGGCCUGCCCAUGCUCACAGCCAGCCAAGCUGGGGGGCUGCGCAGGUGUAGCCAAGGGGAGGAUUGGUCUUUGAUUUUUAAUGAGCUACGGCCAAUUCACCUGGGAGACUAGGGGGUCUGUUGAUUUCACCUUAUCCUGCUAAGGCAAUUAAGGCCAAGCCCUGGUGCGUCAGUGCUGAUGGUAAACCCAGGCGUGACAAUCCAGGCAGAUUUGUUCCUGGAUAAGAGGUUACAAUAAAGUGACUGCACUGCAGCAGGACGUCACGAUCGCAGGAGCAUGAACUGGCAGCAAAUGAAUAUUGAAGUGAAAAGCUCCGGUUUUAAUGGGACAAUACAAAUGGAUGGAGCGUGGCGGGUGGCUUGCAGCAGCGGAUAAGUGACUCCUGUGUUCAGCGUUUAAUACGUGUCAGUAUUUAAACAGAUUCCAAAGCCGGGCGGGCACAUUGGGGUCACCUGGUCUGACCGCCUGUAUAACGCACACCACGUGACUUCGGCUGAAAUAGAGCAACUCUUUUUUUUUGUUUUACAAAAUAGCCCUGUCUUGAUUUAAAAUUGUUAAUCACCUGGGAACCUGGGGCUCCUCCUUCGGAGGCAGGGCUGGGCUGAGAGGAGAGGGCCCUGUGUUGCUCACGCGCUGUGAAGCCAGGUGUUAGUUUGCCGGUGCAGGGUCCUGGCCCAUGUGUGCUGCCAGGGCUGUGUGUGGUAAAAGCCGCCAGCGGCCCGGGGUGGGGGUGGGGGUGUUUGCUUGAUCCUGCACUCUGUCCCCUCCAAACGCCCACUGAGCCCAGGGAGCCUGGAGCCUGGCAGCAGGUUCCCCUGCUCCGCCUGACCUCCCUGUGCAGUGAGAGUGUGGGGAACCCUCCCCUCCCCUCUGCAGGGCUGUGAAAGGAGACGAGGUGGGGGCUGGAGCCAGCUCGGGAUGCCAGUGGGCAUGGGGGAGAAUAAGCCGGGGUGGGGGGAGGAGGGGAAGACAGGAUGACAGAGCAAAGGAAGAACAAGGUGGGAUGGGGGUGGUAAGAAGAGGGGGACAGAGCAAGAGGAAAGGAGAGACGUAGAGGAGGGAAGCAAAGAGCAGGGCUGUGUAGAGAUGCGACAAAAGGGGCCAGGCUGGAGGUUUAUAAAACAAGGAAGGGGCAGGAGCAGGUGCCUUGGUGCACCUGGUCACCCUGAUGGAAGAACAGGGAGCUGCUAAGGGAAAGGCAGAGGCAGCCCCUGGGCAAGGGAAACGUUCCUUUACAAAGCAAUUAGCCCGCGGGACCCCGCGCCACAGGAACUCGCUGGCGGGGAGGAGGCAUUAGGAUGCGGCGUGGCAGGCAGCCUGUCUCUCAUUUCUGGUUUCCUGGCCUAGGUGUGAGUCCGGGGGAGGCGGCAUUGGCUGGUGAGGGCGGCGGUAGAUUUGGGGAGACAGAAUGAGGGAGCUGCCCUGGCCCCGGCUACAGGCCAGCAGCCCCCGGUUCCCCUUGCUGCCCUGGUACUGACUGGAUUCCCCCGCCCCUGAAGGUGCCAGGAGCAGGCUCCGGCCCUGCUGCGCCCCCACGCGCCCUGCCUUGGCCCUGGCCCCCUCAGGCACCACCUGCGCUGCUGGGUCCCAGCGACCUCC